AUGGGAGAGGAUACGGCAGGUGCGCCUACAUCCUCAUUUAACGCCAGUAAGGAUCGGAAAGGUGACGAGAAGAUGACUGUUGUAGUGCCCCCUACCAAGGGUUCGAGGUUAUCCGGCGAUAAAGGUCAGGAUCAGGAAGGUGAUGUCGCAAUGGAAGGUGCGGAGGGCGAUGAGACCCAGAAGCCCGAGCCAGAGGUUGAUCCCAGAGCCAAGGCUAUCCAAGACAUCAAGACCAACUUUACCCUUCUCGAGCGAGCCGUCGCACAUUUCGACCCCAGAUUUACCCUUCGUGUCUUGCGGUCGAUAUCCUCCAUGCGCAAGCAUAUAACAUCUGAUGUGCUCGCAGAGGUCCUCGUAGAGAGCUAUCCCCCAUCCAGUCCCACCGCAUCCUUCUUACUUGAAGCUAUCGGUGAAACUGGUGCUUUUGAGAGCGCGGUGGCUAGCUCCAAGAUGGACGUCGAAUCGGAGAAGACCAGGUCAAAUUCCAAAGAGAUUCUGCCAGAGAUCGAUACUUAUCUGUCUAUACUCGUUCAGAUCUUCCUCUACGACAACAAGGAGAUCCAGCGAGGUGCUAAGUUUUCAACGAGCUUAAUCGAGCGUCUGCGGACUAUUAACCGUCGCACUCUGGACUCUCUUGCAGCUCGUGUAUAUUUUUAUUACUCCCUCUUCUUUGAGCAGAUUACUCCUCUCCCCCCUUCUCCUGCUGCCACGGUUACAAUGAUUCGCCAGCCAUUGCUUGCAGCGCUCAGGACGGCCGUGCUUCGCAAGGAUGUUGACACCCAAGCUACUGUUAUGACAUUGCUUCUGCGCAACUACUUGUCCACGUCUCAUAUCUCACAAGCAGAUCUGCUUAUCUCUCACAACCGCUUCCCGCAGUCCGCAUCUAACAAUCAGAUUGCCCGGUACUUGUACUACUUGGGCCGUAUCCGUGCUAUCCAAUUACAGUAUACUGAUGCUCACGGACACCUGAUCGGUGCUACUCGCAAGUCACCCUCCAGCCACAGUGCGCGUGGAUUUUAUCAAUCCUCUCAUAAGUUGCUCGUGGUGGUAGAGCUUCUUAUGGGAGACAUCCCCGACCGUGCGAUCUUCCGUCAGCCUGCUCUGGAACGUGCCAUGCACCCUUACUUCUUGCUUGUUCAAGCCGUGAGUGUAGGUGACCUGGAUGGCUUUUUGAGCAUUGUAAAUACGCACAGUACGACAUUCCGUAAGGAUGGCACGUACACCCUCAUCCUGCGCUUGAGACAAAACGUUAUAAAGACCGGAAUCCGGAUGAUGUCGCUGUCUUAUUCUCGCAUCUCCCUGCGGGACAUUUGCCUCCGCCUGGGGCUGGACAGUGAGGAAUCAGCGGAGUACAUCGUUGCCAAAGCGAUCCGGGACGGUGUGAUAGAGGCCACUCUGGACCAUGAGCGAGGAUUUAUGAAGAGUAAGGAAGUUGGAGAUAUUUAUGCGACUAGAGAACCUGGCGAGGCAUUCCACGAACGCAUUAGAGCUUGCUUGAGUCUCCACGACGAGAGCGUCAAGGCUAUGAGAUUUCCCAUGAACCAGCAUCGCCUGGAACUGAAGAGUGCACAAGAGGCCCGGGAACGCGAACGGGAACUGGCCAAGGAGAUCCAGGAUGGUGAUAUGGAUGAUGAGGAUGCUGGCGCCGAUUUCGACGCCAUCUAA